AUGGCCGACAUUCCCCUCCAGGUUGUCUCGGACAACUCAGCGUCGGAGCGACGCAUCACACCGUCAUGGACAAUUGGCCAGCUCAAGGCAAGACUUGAGCCAAUCACUGGUGUGCCUCCUCUGUCGCAGACGCUCAGCCUGAAGACGUCCGAUGGCCAGGUCAUACCUAUCGAGGCGUCUGAUGAGGAUAAUACACGACUGUCGGCGUUCCCUCUACAAGCCUAUGCAGAGCUUCGUGUGGGGGACACUCGGCCACCAGGCGCCAGAGAGAACUACACGGACACGUCAGCUGUUGACAAGUAUGUCAUGCCCGAGGAAGAGUACGAGAAGAAGUCGGAUUCCGUACGCGCUUGGAAGAAGGCCCAGCAGCUGGGGCGUUUCGACCCCAACGCCCCAGAUCAUGAGCAAGCACGGAUUGCUGCCCUGGAAGCUGACAUUGCCCAACGCGACAUCACUCCUGGCCGACGAUGCCGCGUCGGUGGCGAUGACACGAGGAGAGGUGUCGUCAAAUACGUCGGUCAGGUCAAGGAGAUACCCAACGGGGCUGGGCCGUGGGUUGGCGUACAGCUAGAUGAGCCGGCUGGCAAGAAUGACGGCAGUAUCCAAGGAACCCGGUAUUGGGGCGAGGCAUCGUCUAUGAAGCAUGGUGUUUUUGUGCGGCCUGAGAGAGUGGAAGUGGGGGACUUUGAGGCUAUGGAUGAUUUGGAAGACAUGGAAGAAAUCUGA